GCUAUCGCCUUUAUUACCUCGGCGGAGGUUGCGGGUUGUGAGGGCGAGGCGAGGCUGUGUUGAGGAAGCGCUUAGAUUUGAUCGGGGACACAAGAUUAAUUUUAGAGCGUCCUGGUUUCCUCAUUAUGUGCGGGGCAGGGGGAACUUGAAACGACCAAAGAUGAAGGGCAGCACCCCAUUUUGGAUUAACAGUAGCUGAAGGGACAAGAUAUUGAUGGGGAUGAACGAGAGAGGGGAGGUUGAGAGAGCGAAAGAGAAAUAAGCUCAUCUUGAGUAUAAGAGCUGAGAGGAAAGAUGCCAACCCAGGGGUUUGAAGGGGACACGCCAACAGAGGCAGAAGCCCCAGGAGAAUGGCAGGAGAUGCUGUCUGAGGGAAAAACUCAGGAUGUAUGGCAAGGGACACCAGAAAGAGCAGACAUUCAAGGGCUGGAGGGAGAGAUGAGAAGAGAAGUUGAGACCCAGGAGCAAAAAGAUGAUGUUUCAAAAAGAGGAGAAGCCCAAGAGUGGAAGGGAGAGACAUCAGACAGAAAUGAAGCCCCAGAAGAGAUGGCCAUUGAGACUGAAGGCCAGGUUCUCAAUGGACAAAGGUCCAUGGAGAUAGAUCCAAAGGAUCAGGGGGGACCACCUCUGAAGGAAAAAGCCAGUGGGGGAUCUCCUAAUUUUCUGCUUGCCAAAGGUGCUGAGGGAGGUGGGAGAGGGUCAGGUAUUAACAAAAGCAGUACUGGAGAGAAGCCCUCCACCAAGAAGGGCAAAAAACAAAAUACUAAGAAAAAAGGGCAAAAAGCCAAGGCUGAAGAUACUUUUAAAGGGCUGUCCAUCUACUUCUCUAAAGAGCAGUGGGCUGAAAUGGGAGAAUGGGAAAAAAUCCGUUAUAAGAACAUAAAAGAGAACUAUGAAUUUAUGACUCAACUAGGUCUUCCUGCACCUAAACCAGCAUUUAUGUAUUAUGCACGGCAGACCUUCAAAACUGCAAAUGAAUCUUCUGAGUCAGAUGAGGAAUGGACACCAAAACCUAUAGUAAAAUCUUUUAGGAUACCACCAUAUAUUCCAAGCAGCUUGAAAGAAGAAGAAAAGAAAAAGAACUUCCUGACUCAAAAUAAGCAAAUAAAUACUAUGGAACCUAUGCUGCAAAACCAAGACGUUAAGAAAAUUGAAAAACAUGUAUCUGUAGAUGUGUCUGUUGAAACUAUUGACCCUGCAGCAGAAUCUAAGACUGAUUUCAAGCGACAAGCUGUAUCUUGGGAAAAAGAGAACCAGACGAGAGAGCAGGAUAAAAAAAUUAGCAUGUACAGUUUACGGAAAAGAGAGAAAAAAACAUAUAUGGAAAUAAAUGAACCAAAUGAUGAUGAUUACUUGUUUUGUGAACAUUGCCAGGUAUUCUUUACUGAUGAGUGUUCAGUUCAUGGUGCUCCAGUUUUCAUUGAAGAUUCAGCAGCAGAAAUAGGACUAGAGAAGAGAGCCUGGCUGACUUUACCUCCAGGUUUAAGAAUUGGCCCUUCAAGCAUCCCCAGAGCAGGUCUUGGAGUUUGGAAUGAAGGGAAAAUUUUGUCUCCGGGAAUUCAUUUUGGGCCUUAUGAAGGGGAAAUGACAGAAGAAGACGAAGCAGCUAACAGUGGCUACUCUUGGCUGAUUACUAAAGGAAGAAACUGCUAUGUUUACAUUGAUGGAAAGGAUGAAACAAAUUCCAACUGGAUGAGGUAUAUUAACUGUGCCAGAAAUGAGGAAGAACAAAACCUUAUUGCCUUCCAGUAUCAUGGGAAAAUUUAUUAUAGAGCAUGUAAGGUAAUCCUCCUUCAUUCUGAGCUUCUGGUUUGGUAUGGAGAAGAAUAUGGAAAGGAACUUGGCAUCAAGUGGGGAUCUAGAUGGAAAUCAUUAAAAGUUCACAGGAAGAAGUCACAUUUGAUACAGAAGCAAGAUAUGGCCUUUCAGAGCUGUUCCUGGUGUGACAUAGCUUUCACAUGCAAAGAUUUCCUUAGCCGUCAUAUGAAGCGGAAGCAUUCUCAGUAUGGAGUACAAGCUGCAAGAAUAGAAAAUGUACAAGCUGAAAAAUCUCUGUCCAGAAGUACAAAUUGUACUUCCUCCAGUGCUGUACUGCAGUGCCUUAUGCCUUCCUGUAUAAACAACAAUGAAGAUGAGCCAACACAACUUUUAAAGGAUUUAAACAAAAAGGCUCAGAAUAUAAAUUCUUAUGGCUCCAGUGAAAAAAGCCUUCUUUGCCUAGUCACCCAUAAGCAAACAAACAUCAGAGAGAAGCCAUAUUCAUGUGGGCAGUGCGGGAAGAGCUUUGCGGAUUCAUCCAAUUUAGUCAAACACCAGCGAACACACACAGGAGAGAAGCCAUAUUCAUGUAGGCAGUGCGGGAAGAGCUUUGGGCAAUCAUCCACUUUAGUCAAACACCAGCGAACACACACAGGAGAGAAGCCAUAUUCAUGUAGGCAGUGCGGGAAGAGCUUUGGUCAAUUAUCCCACCUGAUCACCCACCAGCGAACACACACAGGAGAGAAGCCAUAUUCAUGUAGGCAGUGCGGGAAGAGCUUUGGGCGAUUAUCCCACCUGGUCACCCACCAACGAACACACACAGGAGAGAAGCCAUAUUCAUGUAGGCAGUGCGGGAAGAGCUUUGGUCAAUUAUCCCACCUGGUCACCCACCAGCGAACACACACAGGAGAGAAGCCAUAUUCAUGUAGGCAGUGCGGGAAGAGCUUUGGGCAUUCAUCCACUUUAGUCCAGCACCAGCGAACACACACAGGAGAGAAGCCAUAUUCAUGUAGGCAGCAUGGGAAAGGCUUCAGGUGCUCACCACAGUUGACCAAACACAAGAAAACACACACAGAAGAAAAGCUACCUUAAUAGAUAAUAGUGAAAAAAGUUGCUAGUGUAAAUACAAGGACUUUAGCUUCUCUCUUUAUUUGGAGUAUUAAUAAAGUGAACAACUGUGUUUUCCUUUGUCACAUUGGUUUAAUAUUCACUU